AUAUCUCUUCGCUUUUGACGUCACUGAAAUAAAGUCUGCUUGUUCAUCCCUCACACGGGAGAAUUGAUUUGUCUGCAAAGAUUGCAUUUGUGUCAUGCCCUCCUCGCAGUUUACUUUAAAAGCCCCCCGCCCCCCGAUUUAGUUAGCCCCGACGGCUAGUCCCAAUGAAAUGCCGUUUUCUUGUCGGGACUCUCCACCGAGCGUUCGCCCGGCUAAUUACGCCGCGUUAGCUUUAGCAUUAGCCAUCAGCGCACCGUCACUGACAUCACUCGGACAUGAGUUGUUGUACUCAUAACUUUACUUUUGGCCCAAACGACGUUUAAUGGCGUUACGUCGCGACCAUGGAGACCGAGCGGAGUAACUGCAGGCCGAGUUCGGUGGUCAAUAGCUAAUACCUAGCUAAAGGAAAUUGAACGCUUUUCUCCUGGAAAAAAAAAAAGUAGGCUUGCAGUGGGAUUUUGGAGCCGCGUAUAAAAUGUUAAGAGCAGCAGCAUGGUUGACAGCUGUAAACACCCUGCAGGCUUUCACCUCUAAGGGUUAGGCCAAGUCAUGUCUUCAAGUUCUGCAUGGACGAGGCUUGGUGCUGAUGACAUGGACCUCGACACGUCCGAGGACGGUCUCAGCAAUGGUGCCUCUGUCGCUCCCGGGGAUCACCCGGCGACCAGCAACGACGGCAUGUCCGACUUCUCCACCAGUGACAUCUCACUCCCCGAAGUCUGCGUCACCACCAACUUUGAGGAGACAAUGAGCCAUGAAGUCCAUCAAGCUUAUAGGAUCUUUUCUGGCUUUCUCCUGGACAAACACAAGGCAAUUGCCGGACUGUUCCUCCACGCCGUGGGGCAUCAGGAGGCCCAGUCCGGUGUCGGUGGCGUCUGUGCCUCGGGUCAGGCGAGGCUCAAACAGUCCAUGUGCUUGCGCAGGAUAGAAGAGAAGUUCAUCAACCUGGAGUAUCACAGCAUAACGGAGUUUGUGGCUGACUUCAGGCUAAUGUUGGAGAACUGCUACCGCUACCAUGGCGUGGACCACUGGCUCUCCAAACAGGGUCAAAAGUUGGAGAUCAUGCUAGAACAGAAACUCACACUACUGUCCAGGACUCUUCGUGAGAAGACCACUUUGGCAGUGACCUCCAAGGGGCGUUUUGGCCCGGAGGAGGAGCGAGCUCCAGGAGGAACCUCCACAAGGAGGCGAUCUUCAUCUCGAAGCUUGACGACUAUCACCGUGGGUGGGCAUGAGUCGGUCAUGGUGCAGGCCCUCAGGAUGGAAGAGCAACAGAGGGCAAAGGAGGAGAAGAGGCAACGCGAGCUGGAGAAAAAAGAAGCAGAAGAAAUGUCGGCCAAAGCGGUGGAGGAGUGGGAGCAGACUUUACUGACGCAGGCGUCCCCCCACACGAUAGACACCCUGUGGGAACUCCCCGCCAUAGGCCACUUCCUAUGCCUGGCACAGACGGUGCUCAACCUACCAGAGAUUGUCUUCUUUGAACUGGAGCGCUGCCUACUGAUGCCCCGCUGCAGCAGUCUCCUCUCCAAAAUAAUGUCAACCCUCCUGUCACCAUGCCAGCGGCGGGCCACCUUGCACCGCCGACCAGCUCUGCCGUACCGCCGUUGGGAGGCGGAGCUCAGGCAGCGGGUCAAGGGCUGGUACCGGACUAUCGGGGGUGCUCGCGAUCAGCCGGCUCGGGCCGAGCAACUCGGACUUUGUCAUCAGUUUUUCCACAACCUGGGCGAGGCGAGUCCCUUGGAGGAGAAGCCGUUCCACUCGCUGCCUCUCGGCCAGCGAGUGUGGCUCCUCAAAGGCUUGUGCGACCACGUGUACGAGACCAAGAAGGAUGUUCAGGAUGCCGUGCUGGCCCAGCCCAUACAUGAAUGCAGGGAGUCCAUCUUGGGCUAUGACAGCAAGGACAACGCCUACAUACAUUUCCCCCAUUUCUGCGGGGCGGACUUGAGGAUCUACCGUCAGAGCCCCAGCGCACCUCCUCCUUUUCCUUUCCCUUCAGCGUUGGCGAGACGGCUCGACCUCCACGUUGAAGAUACCGACGUGCUGAAAGACACCGCAAGGCACAUUGACACCUCCGGUGAUUUGGGGAACACAUUGAAGUAUUUUGUCAAAGAAAACGGAGACGGGCAGGAACACAAAGAGACGUUUUGGCCGGUAAAGAAGGAAGACGUGAGGUGUCGGUCACUGUCGUCGGAUGGAGACUCCAGUGAUGAGUUAAGCCGAAAUUGGCGACCUAGCUGCUUCGUUUCAAAAGGAGAAAUAAAACAAGAAACUACCGAAUCGGACCGCCAAUCCACAACACUAAAAGAAGGCCUUUCCUUGGGUUCCGCGCGUCCUAUUAAUGAAGAGACUCAAAAUCCUUGUCUGAAUGUAGGGGAACACACCUACACAGGUAGGUCACCUGCUCGCCGUGCGGACACCACCGAUUCAUCCAGCAAAUCGUCCAGGGUCAAAACGGAAGGAGAAAACCUGAACACGGGACACCAGCAAACAACUCCCUGUUUGAAAUGUCGAAGAACUCUCAAAUCGGUGCGGCGAGGUUGCAAAUGCCCGUCUGUCCAAAAUACCAGCGAUGAAGACGAGGUCCGCGAUAGGAUGUGGUCUAAAAAAAAGAAAUGCAAGAAAAAGCGAGGAAGGGGGGGGCCACGGCAAGGGCAAAACCUUCAGGCAGCUGAAUCAGCAUUACAGGGAAUUACCGCCAGCAUUCAGAGGAAAGAUAAAAGGAAAAAACAGAAAGAAGGAAAAAAAGGUAAAUCUGCGAAGAAAAUUAAAGACGAUCCUUCUGUUGAGCCGGCGUUUAAGUUGGUUUGCACCAGCUUGCAGGAGUUGCGUGAGCUCAUCAGCAAAAUUGAAGACGAGCUCGACGAGCUGGAGAGCGCAAAAAAUCAAUUGGAUCGAUGGUUUUUAAGAAAACAAUCUGUGAAAGAGCUCCACAGCACUCUAAUAAGACUACUGAAUGAGCUCUCACCCUGGGAACCGAAACUUAUGAAGGCCCACCAAAGAAACAGGCUUCGAUUGAAGAAGGAGUUUGAUGAUUUCAAGAAACAUCCAGAAUAUAAUAACUUUAUUCGAGAGGAGUGUUUGUCAACAUCGUCCUCGUCAUCUGAAGACGGAGAAGAUAUUCCUUUGUUUGAUCGCCAGCCAGGCUCAGAAGAUGAAAUGGAACACGUAGUUCCGAAAGGUCUCUGGACUGGAGCAAGCACUAAGGACUUGGAAGCUGAAUCUGUUGGUGAGAGAUCACCCACCUUUGGAAUCAACCAAGAAACUUCUGAACAAUCGUCAAGAGUUCAGGCUGAUGGCAGUUUUGCCCCCCCGGACAUUGAUACAAAGUCGAAAUGUGAAAUGAUUCAGUCCGACACCGCGGGAAAGCCCGUCCAGGCUUCAUCGGCAUCCAAACUUCAAGUUGUCCACCUCAGCCCCGGACUACCCAAAGGGUACACGCCCAUCCCCACCCUGCUAGCCAAGAGCGUGGGCAACAAAGUGACCUUAGUAAAACGACAUGUCGAUUACUCGGGGCUCAACAACGCUGAUAGACAAAGCAAGGGACCGUCAAGCUCCCUGGCUUCAUCUACAGCGGCGAUUUCAAAACCACAUCCACAAUCCAUUUCGGAACAAAACUCACUGCAAGGUAAAUGUGCAAUUCGACAAACCGCAACGGUCAAACUUUCAGCAGCACCGCUCGCGACGGAUUGGGCUAAAGGAAGUCAGACUUUAUUGCAAACUCCUCUCCAAGGAGCGUCGAAUGUUCCUGAAGCCCCGGACCAACUUGUCAGACAAGGGGGAAGCAAUUCACUGCAAUCAGUUCUCGACUACGGCAGACAGGAGAAGAUGAUGCCGCAGGUGGUCAUGAUGCCUUCCAAACAUGUCCUUGAAAAUUCCAAGGAGCAACAGUCGACGGGACCCAUGUACCUGUCCACCAGUGUGUCUGGCUUUACAAUUCCUGACAACGUUCAGCCACCGGAUGUCCGGACAGUGAAGACCCCUUCUCUUUUUUCCCCGCCUUGCCAGCAGCACAGGACCCAAAACAUACCCGGGUUCCAGGUUGCACAACCUUCUCAAUCAAGCACUUCAAGUCCUUCAUCCAUAACGUCGACAACCGCUUGGCCCCCUGAUCUUCCAGAAGAUAAACAGGAACUUAAGACAAUAUGCAUCCGUGAUUCACAGUCCAUCCUCGUGACCACGAGAGGAGGCAACACAGGUAUUGUCAAAGUCCAGACGUCAUCUGCCCUGAAUGCACUUGAUGGUUUGUCCACCAGUCCCAUCAUCACCAUUUCACCUCAGUUUAAAGCUUUCCUUGCGUCCAAAAGCGCUGAGGCGUCUUCUGUCCCCUUUCAGAAGGAUUCUACCCCCACUACAACAGUAGCCCAAUCGCAGAAGCAGCUUCCUUCAGUAUUCAAGUCCUCUGCCAUCACAAAUCUUACAGACCCAAGUAGUUUGACUCCAGGGAUUUCAGAUGUUCCUACAAUUACGAGAAACAUCUACCACCCUUCGCAGACGUUAGCAACUCAUUCUCUGGUGGUAAAAAAUCCUGCUGAUGUUACGGCACCAACCGAGGUAGUUGGUCAGUCCGGUUUGAAGCGACCCAACACAGAGGAGCAACCCAAAGUUACCAAAUUUAUCCUGGUUAAUCCCUCCUCCUCCUCCUCCCCCUCCUCCUCUCGCGCCUGUACUGUAGCUGUUCCAAAAGAAACAUCUACGAAUCCGCAGCUUGGUUCAAGAGUCGUAGUCAUCAACCAACCUUCCGUGACACCGUCCGGUGCUUUAAUGGGAAGUGUUAUAACGCAGUCCAAGACAGCUGGCGUGAAAGGACAACAGAUGACUACGUCUUCAUCAAGUCAAACUCAGAAGGUGGGAUUAAGCCCCGUCUUCGACUCAAAUGCGUUGUCAAAGAAGGUUCCGCUUCCAACAGGACUUCAGAUCCACUUGUCAGGGAUGACGACAACCAUCGGACAGAGCAUCGGCGCCCUGUCGCGUUGCACUUCCCAAAGCACGCCGCCAUCUGUCCCGGCAACCACCUCUCAAUCAACCCCAUUCCCAAAGUCAAAUACCGUCACCAGCUGUCUUAGCCAGCUCGUCGCUAAUUCUACUCUGACCAGAACCUCCCAACCCCAGUCCUUCACAAUAACCUCCGAACUCGGCUCUUUGAUUUCCAACUCUGCUGUUCACGGUCACACUCCCGUUCAGAAGACCUCCGCAACCGUACAAGGCAACCCAAAGCAAAGCGCUAUGGCCACCCUUGCUCAACAGCCCUCACAUGUGCUAGCUCAAGAAGCUAACCCAAUUGUAACGCCCCUUCAAAAAGCUCCCAAUCCAACCCAAUCCCAUGCAGUCACCAACUGUACACAAUUUGUGAACUCUACCCAGCAAAGGAUCGUCAUCAACACUUCGAAGCCCCUCGCCGCCGGCACGCAGAUCCUCCUUAACAAUACAUGUUUUGUUGUUCCUCCCCAGGGUUUAGGUCCAGGUAGCCACGUGCUCAUUAUCUCUAGCCCUUCUCCACAAAAAGUGCCUAAGGCCACCGUUAGCAGCAUUGGCUCAGCAACACCUUUGCAAGGAGCAGGUCAAAGUCCAACAAGCCCUCAAACAACAAUCUUAGCCAAAUCCCAAACUAGGUUACCCGGUGUCCCAGUGGCGAGUUCCCAUUUUGCAACAUGCACCCCUGCUGUUGGUUCGACAAGCUCGCAGGUUUGUACCCCGGCGUCACCUGUGCUAGCCAAACAAUCAGCCCACGUUUCCACAGUCCUAACUGGAAGUCUCGGUGUUGCUUCUGGACUUUCACCGCUCUGUGCUAAAUGUCCCACCGCCAUUUCCCCAGCUUUGUCACGCUUGCCUACUCCUUCAUUAUCUUUGCCCAGCCCAGUCGCCCCUCCCCACUCCAUCUCAGACACAACGAGAAACUCGUAUCCACAACCUACAUCUACACUUACAGCGUCUUCCAUUCAGGGCAUCACCUCGGUCUGUAAGCAGGCACCGUCAGUCAUUCAUCAACCAAUCAAAAGCACCAUGGAUGCGUUGGAAACGGCAUACAUGGUCACCUUGUCCCCACCCCCCGCCCCGUUUCAACCAGUCACGCUGCUGACCACAAACCCCAUCGGCCUGACCAAUCACACACUGGUUCCACCUUCUUUGCAGAAAUCCACUUUAGGUAUGGCAAAAAAGUUGCUCGUCAGUCCCGACGGCGCCAUUUUGAGCUCCGUCCCGUGCCAGGCCCAGGCGGCUGAGCCUAGCGCGUUUCCAAAAGCGACCGCUCUGAUUCUCACCCCGAACAGCUCCGGUGGCGCUUGGCAUCACCAGCUGACACCUAGUCAACCAAAUAACUGAGACCACGAGUCUGGAAUGUUCAUGCACUUGUUAUUAAAACUGCUCGAGAAACCUUGGGUCAGACCCUAUGGUUGGACUAUCAAAUACUGUUUGUUUUUUUCGUUUGAUAACUACUGAGGUUAAUGAAUGAUCUGUGUUUUAGACUUCAUGGCCAGUAAUGACAACUGGGGAAAAGGAGGUUAAAUGGAUUUCAUAUUUGAUUAUACUUAGUACUUUGAAAGCCAGCUUUUUUGAGAAGGUUCAUUGGAACAACUCGCUACUACUUUAAAUGUUUUCAUGGAACAUAACACUUUGUUUGUUGGAGUUUGAAAAAACAGUUUUGCAUUGUAGGAAAUGUAUAUAGACCUUGUUGGAUUUGUACUACGUUAGAGCACAUGUUAAAUGUUUUGCAGUCACUUUGUAUUUAUUUUCUACCGUAUAGAUUUGGAAACUCUUUUGCUCGGUUCAUUGAACAAAUGUUGAGGUCAAAGCGUGGAAAUAAACAAUUCAUCCGUGCCCAUUGA